AUGGAGCUCGAUUUUGAUCCUAGCGAUUUUGACUUGCCAGCCUUACCCGCUUUUGAAGAAUGGGAUUCAGUGCAACCAGCCCCAGAUCCGUCGCUCGGACACGACCUAAUUUCGAUGCCGCCUACAUUAAAUUAUCCGUCUCAAUUACUAGCGAUCAGCACUCAAGAUCCCGGCCCCAGUCCAGACCCGUCCCUGCUCCAUGCACCCGACCGUGUCCCAUCUGAUAAUCUGUUCAUGACGCUCGGAGCCAACGAGAACCUUGAUGAUCGCACCAAGCUCCCUCGAUAUCGAUAUUGA